UUAAUCUGCUGUUCCAUUUUUCUUCGGAGUCGUUAUAUCAUUGUGUGAGUUCGUAAUCGAAUUAUAGCCCUUCGGUCGUUUCCUCCAAUUGCUGUCCAUCGAAAAUUUUGUCGUAGCAUCGCCCCAGUCAGGCCAAUACCUAUUCUUAAUGCGUUCCACGUACUCCAUGAUAUUUGGGCAUUCUUUUUUGACUACUUCAAGAUGUUCGUUUUCAUAGGGAGCAUAGACAAUCUGGGCAAGUACGGCGAACAGGACGGCGUCAAUCUAAAUAUAUCUUUUAAAGGCACCGUUAGCAAUAAAUUUAGGGUACCCUUUUUUGACGGGAAUUGA